AUGGCUUUUGAUGAUCCAUUUAAUACUAAUGCCACUAAUAUCGAUGGUGAUACACCAAAUGCUUUCUAUAAUUUUAAUGAUGAAGAUCCCGCUGCUGAAUUUCUUGAACGUGAAAAACGUGAACUAGGUGAUAUUACUGGUAAUGGUGAUGCCACUUCAUUUGAUGAUCCAUUUAAUUCAAAACCAACAAAUAAUAAUAAUAAUCUUCUCACAAAUGGCACUCAUUCACCAAUGUUAAAUACGGAUGGAAGUGUUUCUCCAGUUCCAUCGAAUGGUUCCCAAUAUCAAGCAUUAUCUCAAUUAAAUGAACCUGAAACAAUUCGAAAAUGGAGAGAAGAAUUUGCAACACGUAUUGAAAAGAAAGAUACGGAAGAAGAAAUAAAACGUAAAGAAAUGCGUGAACAAGCUAAAAAAGAAUUAGAUGAUUUUCAUAAACAACGUAUUGAACAAUUAGAACGUACGAAAGGACAAAAUCGUACAAAUAAUCGUACAUUUGAAGAUGAUCUAUUUAAUAAUGGAAAAAAUAAUUCUACAACAUCAAAUGGUAAACUUAAUGAUUGGGAUAAAAUAACAAGUUUAUGUGAAUUUAAUCCAAAAAAUAAUCGUUCACAAAAAGAUUUAACACGUUAUAGAAGUGUUUUACUUCAAUUAAAACAACAACAAACAGCUGGAAAAUAA